CGCCCCGGCCGCUGGCAUCAGUCGCCGUCGCUCCUGCUCGCGCGUCACACCUCGCCAGGUGCUCACAGUGCUAGUGAACAGAGUGUGUGCGAUGCUCGGACGGUGAUCGGGAUGGUGAAUUACGUGAACCCGCUCGCCAUGUACCAGGGCAAGCAGUACGGCAGCGGCGGCUGGUACGGCUGGCAGCCGCAGAGCUUCGAGGAGCAGCAGUGGUGCGGCGCGUGGGGCGGCGGCGAGUGGGCGCCGGAGGGCCACCACUUCCCCAAGCGCGAGCCGGGCGAGCGGGACGCGGGCGAGCUGCCGUCCCCGGCGCGCGGCGACCCCAGCCCCGGCGCCUCGCCCUGCGCGCGCCCCGCGCAGCCCCCGCCGCCCCCAAGGUCGCCCUACGAGUGGAUGAAGAAACCCAACUACCAAACACAACCCAAUCCAGAAAACGACCAUUCCGAAGCUUACAGUAAAACGCGGACGAAGGACAAGUACCGCGUGGUGUACAGCGACCACCAGCGGCUGGAGCUGGAGAAGGAGUUCCACUACUCGCGCUACAUCACCAUCCGACGCAAGGCAGAGCUGGCCGCCAGCCUCGGGCUCUCGGAACGACAGGUAAAAAUCUGGUUCCAAAACCGGCGCGCCAAAGAGCGGAAACAAGUGAAGAAACGCGAGGAAGUAGUGAUGAAGGAGAAGGGCGACCACGCGUCGCUUCAGCACGCCCAGCUCCACCACGCCACCAUGCUGCACCACCAGCAGAUGAUGAGCGGCAUGAUGCAUCACCACCACUACCACCAGGGGGUGCUGCAGGGCGUGCCCGAGCCCCUCGUGCCCGGCGCGCCGCCCGUGCCGCUGCUGUGACCGGGAGACGAAUAUUGUGAACCCUACCCACAGUGAACUCUAAAGACUUGAAUGCUUUGUGCUGCGAGCCCAGUGUUGAUUAAAGUUUUAGCUAAUGAAAGACUAUCGGUGGUACCGAUUAUUUUAACUUCGGCAUGAUCUUUGUGAUAAAAAUGAGUGCAAUAUUCAUGCGAGGAUAUUCUAAACCGCUUGUGUUCCAUUUUGCCGCUAUCAGAAGAUCUCUUGAUAAGUUUACUAUUCUGUUUAAUAGGCUGUGUUGUUUAGACAAAGGACUCGUUUAACUGACAACACCGGUGAUACAAUCUUAAAUAAAUACAGUCUAUUGAAAUCAGAAUCACAGGUUUUAUGGCAAAACAAAUUGGAAAUGGAAGUGGUAGCACGCUUUAUUAUUUAAUUUUUACUGAACGAUGUAAAACAAUUCGAUAAUUUGAAUGUCAAUUUUCAUUGUAAAUAUAAAUGCCUAUAUUUUUAUAUUAUAAUUAUAUUGAUUAAAAUUAUUAUUUGUAAAUGAAUGCAAAUGGUAUUUCUCAAUGCCACAAGUGCCUUAUCUUUAAAAUUAUGUGGUCACUGAAAUAGUUUGGAGUUGUAUAAAUUAAAUUGUUGAUAUUUAAUAGUUAUAGCUUUAAGCGGCAAUACCAGAUACAUUUCAUUAUUUUAUCAACUAACAGCCAUUGCCACGUUACAUCAAUUAAAAAAAAUAAAAUAAUGCAGCCUGUGUCGUGUCCCACUGCUGGGCAAAGGCCUACUUAUGAACUGACCACCGUUCCCGAUCCUGUGCUUCUUUCGGCCGUUACACCAAUAUACUAUUUAAAUUAGUUUCAUUCAAUCGCUUUAGAUUCUUACUCAAAAUUCUACCUGCAUUUUUCCGACAUUCAUUUUUAAUAUUUUCUAAAUCGUUAAAUGAAGUAAAAUUUUUAGUUGAACAGAGCCUCAUUUCUACUACUUAAAGGAAUCUCACUGAUAGUGAUAAUAUGAAAUUUUCCACUGAACGUAUUUUCCGCGUGCAUUUGUGGCCUUGAGAAGUAGUUCUAAUGUGUAAUGUAUGCUUUAAGUUGGAACGAAUAUGAGAUUAUUACGGCUGUUCCGUUCCAGUGACAUCUCGGUCGUCCAUUGUUUUAUAUGUUUAAUGCUUUAUUUGAUUUACAUAAUACUUGUACUGAAGUUGUACGUGAAUAAGUGCCUGUGUCAAGUUGUUGCUUGAUCCCUAGGACAAACCGAGACUAUGAUUAGAAGGAGCAAGCCCUUACCUUAAGUGUAAUUACUAUACUGUAAAUAGCUUAAAAUGUAGCUUAAUUUAUCUAGUAGAUAUGCCAGUUCUAUAAGACUUAUGUGGUAAAUAUUUAAUAAUGAUUAUAAACUAAUCACCUUCGAAUUAAAAUCCUAAUAAGUGGAUGACGCCAGGGAGAAUGGUAAUUCAAUUAUUUGACAAUUUAUACAUAAAUAAUUUUAAGGAUUAUUUUCAAUUUUAUUUAUAUUGCUGCCAACGCAGCUGUGCACAAGACGUAUUAUUUCAGUUGUUGAUUUGAAAUAUGCUUUGUUUUGUGCAAGUUUUUCGGACUGUUUUGUUUGUUGCUUGCGACGAAUGUUUCCUACCUUAAAUUUUUCUUGCCAUUUGAAAUUUUGUUAUAAAUUAUUUCAGGAGUUAAAAUAUGCAAUAUUAUGUAAUAUUUUUGAUGAUGAUUAAAUUAGAAUGUUUGAAAAUGCGUUAGGUCUGUUUGGAAAGUUUUGAUGUUUGAUAUAUUUGUGAUCACGAGGAGUGGGGAACUGUUAGAUUUACCGAGCACUGUCACAAAACACGUUUGAUAAACUAAAUAAAUCCAUGUUAAUCCAUA